CGAUGAAUCAGUUAUGUUGCCCUCAACCGGUUACUUCAAAACGAUAAAUUGCCCGUUUUAUGACGGCGGUUCGUGUGAUCGGCCCUAUUGCCACUUCAAACACGCCAAGCGAGAAGAUGCAGGAAGUACAGCAGGAGUGGCUGGAGUGGUGGAGACCCAGACAGUGGGUCAAAUACAGGAGAACAAAUCUGCUGAUGUUAUGACUUCAACUCCUGACAUGCUGCAACAUCUAGUGACGGAAGCUGUAAAGAAAGUGCUUGCAGAUCAAGAAGUUACUGAUACAGAGAAGGUUUCACAGGUUUCGCAAAACAUUGUCUCGCAAGUAGUGGAAGGUCUUAAGCCGACAUUAUCUUCUAGCUCCACUGUCUGUAUGCACAAUGCUACGCCAAUUAUAGGAAAGCAUGUCGCGAUGCCCACACCUAUUACAAAACCAGUUGCUUGUGUCUAUAAUCCGACGCCAAUAGCGGAACUGAAGAAACGGCAUAUACCUGUGGUCUCGUAUAUGCCGACCAGGGAGAGUAGAGUGGCUGUGAAACGUAAAUUCUCACCAGAAAGAAUUAAACCAUGGCCGAGUGUCGUUCAGGAAUCGAGCAAUCCUCAAGUUACGCCUGAAGUUAUAUAUAAACCCACUGCAAUAGUGAAUACAACCGAUCAGGAUGUUGUACAAAAUUAUGUACCGACAGUUAAAUUGGAUACAUCUUUAUCGAAUUCGUAUGACGAUAGUAAUUCGAAUGAUUAUCAACCUAAAUUUAAGGAAGUAUAUUAUCCGAAAUCUAAAAAGAGAAGGGAGGAAUACGUUCCUAAAAAAAUCAAAGCACCAUUACAGACAGUUCAGCAGUUAAACAACACCACUUUAAAUCAAUUUGAGUCUGAUUUUGAUAUGAUAGAUGAGAUCAUUACUUCCAAUCACGCAUCCACUUCUGUAAUGCUAGAACAAGCGAAAGCGUCAGCCAGCGAGGAUUCUCAGGAUUAUUCCUUGGACAUUGAGCCUAGAUUCUCCGAUGACGAACCUAUAGAAGAUAUGUCUACGGACGAACAUAAAGCGAACGUAAAAAAAUCUGAGCAAACGGAAGAUGUAAAUGAGAAGGAGAAGGAGAAUUUACAACAUGUAGGAAUUGAUACAGAUAAACAAAUUAGCAAUAAAGAUAAUAAAAUACAUAGCAAUCAUUAUGAUGAAAAAAUGGGUGAUAUACAAAAUAGCGAUAGAUCUAAACAAUAUAAAGAGAGUGAUUCGAGAAAAUUAUCGGAUAAAAGAGACACUGCAAAGCAGGAUACUGAUAAAGAAAAAGAAAAACAUAAGAGUCAUAAUAAAAAUAAAGAAAGAGAUAAAAGAGAUCAUCAUAGUUCUGAGAAGAAAGAUAAGGAAAGAUCUAGAGAUAAAUCAAAUUCUAAAGAUAAGCACCGCUCCUCGUCUAGCAGAGACAAAGAUAGGAAAAGAAGUAGCCGCGAUAGUAAAGACUCUUUGCAUGGAAGUAGAGAACACUCGAACUCGCGAAGGCAUCGACACACCUCUCCGAAAAAAGAUCGAAAUGAUCAUCACAAAUCUAGCCGCAACAAACAUAAAUCAAGUUCGAAUUCAUCCAGUUCUAAGUCAAAUAAGCACACUUCGAGCAGGAAUGACAAAAAGCAUGACUCGGAAUCAAGUCGGAAAUCCAGUGACUCUCCCAGAAAAUCUAGCAAGCAUAAAGAAAGUAGUAGCGAAAGAAAUUCGUCUGAUAGAUCUGAUAGUUUUGUAGACAGUAAUCAUUCUUUCGUUGAUGAAAUUUUGGAAUUAUCAGAUUCUGAUCAUGAUGUACAAGAAGAGUGCCUAAGAAUUUUUGAGGAAUAUCAAGCUUCAGACUAUCCAAAACUAGUAUCAGUUAAAAAAUCUGUGAAAGAUGACACUGAGAAUAUGGAAGAAAUUACAGAAGAACGUAAGAAAAGAGUUGCUCAUCCUUCAGCGGCCACAAGUGUCACUCGGCAGAUAGGUCCUAGUCAAUUACCAAAAAAACAUACAAAUCCGUAUCAGAAAAUGUGUGAGCGAUGGCAUUUGAUGAAAAAAGCAGCGGCUGAAAAGGCCGCAGAAAAGGCGACAGAGAAAGCGGCAACUGACAUGAAGACUCAAACAAUAUCUACGUUAAUAGAUCGAUCUUCAAGUAGUACCACACAACGUGUUUCAGUGCAUAAAGAACAUGUUGAAUCUAACUCAUCGAUAAGUAAUAAUGACAUGCUACCGAAUACGAAUGGUCGCGUUCGAAUCGCUCAUGUUCCAUAUGCGAAAUCUCUUGCGAUGGAAAAAAAAAAGGUCGUAAUGACAGCAGCGAAGGUGCUCUGCGCGGAUACUAAAGUAGUAGACAACAAAACAAUAGCGCAAACUACGAAGGGCGGUGUACGCGUUGCUCAUAUACCGCAAGUGGUGCCUCAACUCAUGCGUCCAGAACCGCUGCAAGUCGCUACUCAAAAAUUCCCCUUAAAUGUUCGUCAGUAUUAUAUUAAUGUAAUGCACGAUAUAUGCGUGCAAAUUUAUACGAAUGGGGAUGAUGCAGCGCAACGAGCCGUUAGAGAAGAAUUCGCGUGUCACGAGAGAUGCAAGGCACUCGCGGUAUAUAAAAAUUCAUGCAUGUUGGCGGCUCAUAGAUUAAGAAAGGAAGUAGAUCAAAACCAGUCGAACGAAAAAUUCGUUAAUUUAAGCGGUAUGAUGUCUCACGAAGCUGUUCUUGUUGGCAAGUCAAAAGGUUCUUGGAGUGUAGUUAAAAGCAAGAAGAGUAUGAUAGAUUUUAAAGGACCAGCACUCUAUAACAUGCUUAAGAAAUGGAUUAUGUCGGAACAGCAGCUUAGAGAUAACGGAUUUCCGCGUAAACACCCAGAUGAUACAAAGGGACGAGCGAAGAUGUAUGUAACAAAUUCGCGGAACCAAACCGUUUUGUCAAAAGUGCCUAAUGAGAGAAUAUGUAGCCGGUGUGGCCAAGUGUAUAUGAUAAAUAAACAAGGCUUUGCUGUACGACAACAAAAUUGUAUAUAUCAUUGGGGCAGAAAGUUUUCAGUUAGAGGCGAAGGUAAAUAUAGUUGUUGUCAGCAAUAUGGUUCUGCUCUUGGUUGUUGCGACGCAAAGACGCACGUGUGGGAUUAUACAGAUUAUGAGAAUCUUCGUGGUUAUGUUACGACUUUAUCGAAAGAUGUUCCUAUAGGUGAGCAAGGUGUUUACGCACUCGAUUGUGAAAUGUGCUAUACCACACAAGGCUUAGAACUAACCAGAGUGACGAUUGUUGACGAAGAUUGUAAAGUAAUAUACGAAACGUUAGUCAAACCGCAAAAUCCAAUAAUUGAUUACAAUACGAGGUUUUCAGGAAUUACGGAAGAAGAUAUGAAGGAUGUGACGACGAAUAUUUUAGAUGUACAAGCUACGCUUCUCACGAUGUUCUCGGAUAAAACAAUCUUGGUAGGUCACAGUCUUGAAAGUGAUUUCAAAGCUUUAAAAUUAUUACACGAUACCGUCGUGGAUACCAGCAUCAUGUUCCCGCAUAGAAAUGGAUAUCCGCAAAAAAGGGCAUUGAAAAAUCUCUGUUCCGAAUAUCUUAGAAAAAUCAUACAAAAUGAUGUUGGUGGUCAUGACAGUAAAGAAGAUGCCAUCGCUUGCAUGGAAUUAAUUCGUUGGAAAGUGAAGGAAGAAGCGAAAUUACAGUGAAACUGUGCUCACACUUUUUUAGGAACAAACAUUAUCACGAUUGUUGUAUACUAAUUACAACUUACAACUCGUUUUUCGAUAAUAAAUGAUAUUAUCGAGGAAAUACUGUUAAAGACAAUUUGAUCAAAUUAUUUUGGGAUUGAGUAGUUCCGCGAAUAAUUAGACAGAAUAUAAGCAUUAUUAAUUUGUCCAUCUGAUAUUAAUAUUUGAAUAAUUAACUUAUACGUAUUUAAUUUAUGAUUUAUUAUUUUUCAUAAGUAAGCACAUCUAUAUUUAUGACAUAAUAUUCGUGCAAAAUUAAUUUUUUACCUUAUUAGUUAUUAGUUUUUUUCUGUUUGGAUAAUCGAAUAGCAAGUGCAGUUUAAAAUCGAAUUCUUAUUGCGUCAUACACACAAAUAUGUGUACACACACAUCUACGAUAUGCAUCUAGAAUGCGUAGAAUGAAAAAUAAUAAAUUAGUAAGCUAAUUAUUCAAAUGUCACCAAAAUUUUUACAGGUUGGUCUUUAAUGGUAUCUUGUUGCAGGCCAGUACUGUUGUGCAUACAUACUUUACUGCCUACAUACUGCGCACUUUUUAUAUACUGUAUUAUAUCUUCUUGUGUAUAAAUAUGUAAUAUACACUCAUUGACCUCGACUUAGGAUUUCUU